UUGGGAAUGGGAGUGGGAGCAAUCUAGUGGUAGUGUCUUCUUCUUCUUCCUCCUCCUCAGAUUCGCAAAUGUGGAUUCAGUCCUUAUGAAUCCUGCAAAUUCACGAAAAACCCAUUUGAGAUAGAAAGCCAAAAGCAGAGUAGAGAAGGCAAAAGAAGCAAAGCAAAGAGAGGCAGAGAAAAUGAGUGGCUUUGCGCUGGGUUUAGCGUUUGAUUCCAAAUCAGGUCAAAUGGUAAUGGUGGCUCUGCUUUUAACGGUUGGGACCUUCUAUGCUGGCACCCUCUUUGGCAACAAUGACCCCAUCUACGUCUCCGAGCUCCCUUCCAAUUCUUCUUCUUCUUCUCCUUCUUCCUUUUCCACUGCUUGUAGAGUUCAUGAAGACAUAAAACUUUGGGAAUAUACAGUACAAAGGCUUUUAGAUUGGAACAUGAUAAUAUUGGGUAUCAUACUCUGUUGGGUAAUCUACAGGCAAGUUUUGGACAAUGGAAUGGAGUUGAAGUAAGGAGGGUAGUAAAUGAGAAGGAUCUGAAGAAGAAACCAUGGUGGAGUUGCAUUGAGGCUAAAGGGAUGAUCCAUGGAUUUGUUUCUGCAGUAGAUCACACCAUCAAAUAGAGGAGAUUUAUGAGAUAUUGGCAUGUUUAAUUCAGAUGAUACAGGAGUUUGUAUGGUAGUAUUUGCCUGAAUUUAUCAACUGAGUGGUGCAUUCUAACACCCCAGCAGACAUAUUAUCCUGGUUUAGAUUCGGUAUCCACAUGUUCAAAUAGGAGGGGGUUGAAUGAGAGGUAAUAUGCAGUUGGCAGAAAGGACCACCCGAGACAUGCUUGUUUUGCUUCAUUCCUCUGCCAAAAGAUUAUAUGAAACCCAUAAAUGGCCAACCGGCAGGGAUUGUGUGGUGAAGCAAUGUGAAUCAUACAUGACUUGACAAAUUUGUGUGCAUGAGAAGAAUUGACUUUGGUGGUUCCUAGGUGGUGUUAUGCACUUUAUACAUGGGAUGGCUGAGCCUGAUCAAAGGGACAAUUGUUUGUCAUACCCCUCUUUUGUUUACAUGUGUUUGCUUUCUCCAGUGGUAUGACUGGCUAUGUAGUUAGCAUUUGAUACUGCUUUUGUUUGUCAUUUACAAAAAAUAAGAUAGGUAAAUUUGAAGUCAUUAAUGGCAUGAUUUUUU